AUGGCGGCCCUCACCGGGAUGGUAUGCAUGUUACUCAUUGUAGCGGUUCCAUUUUACCUCAUUCUGCAUCGCAGCAGUAAUUCUCCAAAACAUUUGCUAGAAAACCGAACCAGCGACCCAGGCCAGUGCCAAGUGCUCAUAGCAGGCACAUUGGCCCGCAACGGCAAGCAUAACCGGCUAAACCCUCAGGAAUCCCGAAUCAUUCCAAAUCAAAACCGACGUAUCGCGUUUGGAAUAGACAAUAUUUUCACCAGCCUCAAUUCAGAGCACGCUCAAAGCUUUCUUCGACAAGCUAAACAACGGAUCAACCUGGAACAGGAAAGGUGGAAUCAAAUUGCAGAACUUGCCCGGGAAAGUGCUCGAAGUUUGACUCUUAAUGGCUCCAAGAAGGGUUCCAAUGCAGACGGUGUCUUUAAAGUCGGCAAUGAUUCUUCUAUUCGCAUCAACCUCGUCUCUCUUGUUAGCAUCAUAUCGCUGAAAGUGGUACUUUUCACAAUGUUCGACCGCGGAGACGGAGACGAUACCAAUGACUUGGUCCUGGAUGCGUUCGCCAAAGCGAUCAACUGGACCUGGAUUGCCUCUAAACAGAGAAACCCAGACCUCGUGCCUCGGUUCGAAGACAACAGCAAUCUGAGGUUCAGCCUAAGAGCAAUAUUUGGAAACGAUGACGCUGGCCAUACAAAUCCAUUGAACUUCAUCAUUCCCUCUUUUGAAACACUUUGGCGUGUCGUUCUUCGUGUAUUCGUCGAAGUCGGAUUUUCUACUGGCGCUGCUGCUCACCCGGAAUGGAAGAACUGCUUGACUGCAUUCUCAAGACACCCAACAAAAGAACAGUUUGAAGCCGCGACAUACAUGAACCUGGAAGACAGUGCUCCUGCCCAUGAUAUUCCCUCUGCAAAGCACAUCGUCUUUGAAUCCCUUCGGCUUUACCCUCCCACUAGGAGAAUCCAUCGUGCCUACCAAUGGAGUGACAACGCUGCGGAAGAUAACCAGGAACCAAAAGCAUAUGAUGAUAUGGCCGAGAUAUCGAAGCCUGUCACUUACGCUCGGAUAUCUGGGGACCGAAUGCACUUGUCUUUAGUCCCCUACGGUGGAAACAGCUUACAUCGAGACAGCAAGAAGCCUUCAUGCCUUUCGGACAUAAACCUUUCCAGUGUCCAGCUCAGUCUGUUUUUGGGCCACGAAUGA